AUGACUUCAAAUUCACGCACUGCCCUGAGGGCUUUCAGAAAUGUCAAGGCUACCAACUACCGCCCAACUCUGUCUCAACAAGGCUUCGCAACAAGUACCGAGCCAACCCUCAAAGACACGCUUGCAAAAGUUAUCCCUGCCAAACGUGAUCUUCUCAAGCAAGUCAAGAGCCAUGCUUCGAAGAGCAUUGGUUCCGUGAAGGUCGAGAACACUCUUGGUGGAAUGAGAGGUCUUACGGCCAUGAUCUGGGAAGGUUCAGUCCUCGACGCCAAUGAAGGCAUUCGCUUCCACGGCCGCACCAUCAAGGACUGCCAGGAGCAGCUUCCGAAGGGCAAGACUGGAUCAGAAAUGCUGCCCGAGUCCAUGUUUUGGCUGCUUCUUACUGGUGAAGUACCAACCACCAACCAGGUGCGCGCCUUCUCUCGCGAGCUGGCACAGAAGGCUGCAUUGCCUGACUACGUCGAGACCAUGCUGGACAACUUCCCGCCGGACAUGCACCCCAUGACGCAGUUCGCAUGCGCCGUGUCUGCCCUCAACAAGACCAGUGUCUUUGCAAAGGCCUAUGAGAAGGGAUUGAACAAGGCCGACUACUGGGAGCCAACCUACGAGGACUCCAUCUCCCUCAUUGCCAAGCUUCCUACCAUCGCAGCCAAGAUCUACCAGAACUCUUACAAUGGGGGUGGUGCUCUUCCUGCCCAGCCUGAUCCGGAGCAAGAUUGGUGUUACAACUAUGCUGCCAUGCUGGGCAAGGGUGGCAAGGAGAACGAAGGCUUCCAAGACCUACUCAGACUCUACUGCGCAUUGCACGGCGAUCACGAGGGAGGCAAUGUUUCUGCCCACUCGACCCACCUGGUUGGCUCUGCUCUCUCAGACGCUUUCUUGUCAUACUCGGCCGGUUUGCAAGGUCUUGCUGGUCCUCUCCAUGGUCUAGCAGCUCAGGAGGUCCUUCGAUGGAUUCUGCAAAUGCGGGACCACAUCGGAAACGACUUCUCCGAGAAGGAUGUCAAGGACUAUCUGUGGAGCACACUUAACAGCGGACGUGUGAUCCCUGGUUUCGGUCAUGCAGUGCUGCGCAAACCUGAUCCCAGAUUCGACGCCUUGCUCGCAUUUGGUGAUGCUCACGAGGACAUCAAGAACAACAGCCUGUUCCAGCUUGUCAAGACCAACUCGCAGAUCGCGCCCAAUGUGCUCAGCGAACACGGCAAGACAAAGAACCCGUACCCCAACGUCGACUCCGGCUCAGGAGUACUCUUCCACCACUACGGCUUCCGCGAGACACUGUACUACACAGCCAUCUUCGGUGUCAGCAGAGGCCUCGGUCCGCUCGCACAGCUCAUCUGGGACAGAGCAUUGGGUCUUCCCAUUGAGAGACCCAAGAGCAUUGAUUUGAAGGGAUUGUUGAAGGCCGCAGAGGCAUGA